AUGGGAAAAGGGAAAAAAUAAUCAAGGUCGAGGACUCCUAAAAAGAAGAAUAGAUCUAAAUCUAAGGAAAAAUAAAGGUCUAGAUCUAAGGAGAGAAAAUAAUCAAAAUCGAAAGAAAGAGAUAGGAAGAAAGUAGAGACCGGACCGGGAAGAUCAACAGGUUGGGGAGUAGCUUCACAACCAAAGACUGGAAAUACAGAUGACUUUUUGAGGGAUAUGUACAAUAAUCCAAAAACCUCUGCCACACCACAAACUGCUCAAGCCUUGAUUGUUCCAUAGUCUCACACAAUGCAAACACAGAUGCAAUAUACAUUUGUACCUGGUAUGAAUCCGACAAUAUUAAAAAUGCUUAAUGACCCAACUAAAGUAAGAAGAAAGAUUAAGAUUCCUCCUGAUCUGUCAUUCAAUUAUAUUGGUCUGAUUAUUGGACCCAAGGGAGUGAGUCAAAAAAAAUUGGAAGAAGAAACAGGAGCUAAAAUAUUGGUCAGAGGCAGAGGAUCUUAAAAGCCAGAAUAGCCUCCUCAACCUGAUGACGAUGAAGAUUUACAUGUUUUGGUGGUUGCAGAGACUCCAUAAUAAGCAGCUAAUGCUUGUGAUAGAAUAGAGAGAAUAUUAUUGGCUGAUGCUGAUGAAUUAUAAAGAUAUAGAUAGGAAUAAAUGAAAUUAAUUGCUUAAUCGUAAUAGACUCCCACAACAGCUCAGCCAAUAGCAUCAACUGGUAGUGUAGAUCCAAGUGACUUAUCUAUGACUACUCCCUAUGGACCCCCUAGCAAGGAUGCUUAUGUUUAUCCAGUGCCAAAUGAGUUUGUAGGAUUAGUGAUUGGAGUAAAAGGAGAAACAAUUUAAUAAUUGAAAGAGAAAUCUGGAUGCAAGAAUGUAUAAGUGGCUGCUGAUUCUGCUCCUGGGUCUCAAACAAGAAAUGUAUUUAUUGUUGGUGAUCCCGAUUGUGUGAAAAAAUGCUAGGGUUUGUUAUAAGAAAUUAUUGAUACUCAGAGAAAAGUCAGGACUGCUCCUGGUGCUAAGAAAAUUGAAUUCCAAGUACAUGAUUAAUUUGUAGCACUAAUCAUCGGCAAAAAAGGAGUGACUAUCAAAGCAAUCAGCGAAAGAAGUGGUGCCUUUGUUGCCAUCACUUAAAGUCCUGAUUAUCAAGUCAGACCAGAUCACAAGGCAUUUGUUUUAAGUGGUACUGAGGAAUAACUGAACAUUGCCAUCAGAGAAAUCGAAACACUAUUAGAAGGAGCUAAAAAAGCUUACUUUGCUAAAACUUGUGUAGAUCCCAGCACCAUCAAUAUUCCAACACCCUUGUUGAUCAACCCUCCGAAUGCUUUAGCUAAUUAUUAAAUAACCAACAAUGAAAUGGCUCCCUAGUAAACUAUGCCAGAGUUUAGAACCCCAGAAGAAUAAGUGGCUUAUUAAAGAUAACUGUAAAUGUAAACUAUGCAAAUGCAAUACUACAUGAUGAUACCAGCAUAACAGGCAGUUGUAGAAGAAAGAGUUAUUACAAAGGAUAAUCGAUAAAGAUGA